GAGAGAAAAUCAUUCGAAGUUACAAUGAUGUCUCUGCGUCUCUGCGUUUUGUUCCUGGCUUUGGCCGCAUCAUCCCUGGGUGACAAUACGUCGAGACUUCCCUUCAAGGUGUCCGUGGGUUACGGCUGCAGCGGAGUCGUUGUGUCCAGGAAUCAAAUCUUAUCUGUCGGACAAUGCGCUCUGUCUACAGGAGGCGUGGACAUCAAGAAAGGCACUCAAUCCCACGACUCUGGUGAGAUCUACUUCUUGAAUCGCAUCGUCUACCAUCCGCAAAUCCACGACUACGAACAGAAGAUGGACUAUGUAUUGUACACUGUCGACCGUGACAUCGAGGCUGAGGAGGGAUUCGAACCCGCCGAGCUGCCCGCCGGCAAUGUGACGCUGACCGAGGGCCAGAUCUGCACCACCCUCGUGGUUUGA